AUGAGUGAAACCAGGAAUACCAACAAAAAUCAUGAGGCUUCCCUCAGGAAUUUGGAGAAUCAGAUGGGUCAGAUUGCCAAACAGCUUUCAGAAAGGAGUCCAGGUAAGUUACCCUCUAACACUAUUGAGAAUCAAGCUAAUAUUUCUGCUAUAACUACUAGGAGUGGUAAAAUUUUGAAAGAUGCUGAAAGAAAGAUAGUAGAAAAGAGGGGUGAGGAAGUAGAAAAAUCCAAGGAAGAGAGUAGGGAAGUGAGUGCGAAGAAAACAAAUAAUGAUAAAUUCAAAGAAAAGAAAGAUAAAGAGAGCACCACUUUCCCCAAUGACAAGAGUUGUUGCAAGGUACCUUUUCCAAAAGCUUUAGUGAAAAAGAAUUUAGAAAAGCAAUUUUCUAAAUUUCUUGAGGUGUUCAAAAAGUUACAAAUUAAUAUUCCAUUUUCCGAAGCUUUGGAACAAAUGCCUGCAUAUUCUAAAUUCAUGAAAGAAAUACUCUCUAGGAAAAUAAAGCUGAGUGAGGUAAAUGAGACCAUGAUGAUGAGUGAGGAAUGUAGUGCUAUCUUGCAGAGGAAACUUCCACAAAAAAUGAAAGAUCCUGGAAGCUUCACACUUCCUGUGGAAAUUGAAGGUCUUCCUACUGCUAAGGCUCUAUGUAAGAUCAAGUUUUGA